AUGUGGAAAACGUUAAAUUUCCUAGCUGGUAAAAGUAAACAACUAGAGCCAACCAUCAAGAUCGAAAUCGACGGAAAAAUCGUUAGUGAAGGAACAGUAGUUGCAAAUAAGUUCAACAACUUCUUCAGCAACAUCGGGCCUCAGCUUGCUUCCACCAUCCCCAGUAAUCGAGAUGUGAACAGAUUCAACACACUAACACCUAUCCCUGAUUCGAUUUUUAUGGAGCCUGCCACUAAGCAAGAAGUUAUCCUAAAAAUAAAAAACCUUGACCAAAAUAAAAGCGCUGGACCAGACGGCCUACAAGCAAACUUCAUCAAGCACCACCAUCAAAUCUUCUCUGAGCUUAUUCGAGACGUCUUUAAUGAAAGUUUGGAAAAUGGAAAAUAUCCUUCAUGCUUGAAAACUGCAAGAGUUAUACCAAUUCACAAAGGAGGCUCAAAAACUGAUGUCAACAACUAUAGACCCAUUUCCAUAUUAUCUGUUAUCAGUAAAAUAUUGGAGCAAAUGUUG